AUGGCCAAUAUUAAACAAGACAAUAACAAGUUGAAAGAAGAUAACAAGAAAUUGAAAGAAGAUAACAAGAAACUCAUCACAAGAGUUGAGGUUUUAGAAAAAGAUAGCAAGAAGUUGAAAGAAGAUAACACGAAGUUGAAAGAGGUUAACAAGAAACUCAUCACAAGAGUAGAGGAAUUAGAAAAAGAUCACAAAAAGUUGAAAGAAGAAAACAAGAAACUCUUCACAAGAGUAGAGGAAUUAGAAAAAAAGGACUUGUUGAAAGUAAGAGCAAAUACUUUGAAGGAGUUGUUCAGAUACUUGGCAACCAAAGUUGCAUCUCUGGUUUCUCCAAUAGUUGAUGCCACAAAACCAAACUGGUUUAAUGUAAUGCAAUCUUAUUGUAGUUCCAACAUUGUUAUUGAACUCCCUAUCAGCCUAUCUGCACUUCAAGAGUUAUGGAGCACUUACAAGAUCUUAAGGUUUCCUAGAAAUUACAUUUGUCAAAAGCAGCUAGAUGAUAAUUUGGCCCUUGUUUCUGGUGAUGAAAAGAAAGCCGUUCAAUGGUAUUUGGAUCAGACUCAAAACAAUCACUAA